CGUGACUCACCUAGCGAUCACUCCGUAUUGGGUCAAAUUCUCGCUCAAAAUGGCUGGUGUGUUUGACAAUCCCGUCUUCCCUUACUUCGCGUUCUAUGCCACAGUGGUUGUUUUGAAAACCAUGGCAAUGAGUUUCGUCACUGCAUUUCACAGAAUUACGAAAAAGGUAGCUAUUAAUCCUGAGGACAUCGUGGACAAAGACAAGGGGAAAAUAUCGACACAUGAAUCAGUUGAGAGGGUCCGCAGGUGCCAUCUGAAUGACCUUGAGAAUGUCAUCCCCUUCGUUCUGAUUGGUCUUCUGUAUACAGCGUCUGGUCCAAGCCUCGGCUACGCCCUCCUCCACUUCCGCAUUUUCACAGGUGCCCGGAUCUUCCACACCAUAGCCUAUCUCUUCGCCCUGCCACAGCCAUCACGAGGCCUUGGUUUCUUUGUUGGAUUCCUUGCCACAGUAUCCAUGGCUUACAACGUCUUGUCUUCUGCUACCUUUUAGCACACCAUUAAGUUCUCAUACUCUAUAAUGUAAAUGUUUGUAAGAUGUUGCAAAAUAAUACAUUGAAUUAACGGCUUAUAGAUGAUGAACACGCACGGUUACCUCGUUGUCCUCAUUAUUUAGGGAGUGUUUAGGGCUUCCAAAUUAUGUCAAAGAGGGGAUGAAGCUAUAUUCCAACUGUUUAUGCCCAUGGAAAACAACAUUGCGUCAUUGACUCAUCCUUAGUCCUGCUGUUGGUCGGAUCAUCAUAGGCAAAUGAUUCACCAAGAUCGUCUUUAGCUUUGGAGGAUUUAAAGGCUUUCAAAUUUCAAUGUUCAUUAAAUGGUGUUCCCUAUAUUCAAACCUGCAAAAUAUUUGUCCGUUUUCUGACGAGUGGGCGUAACACAAGUUGCGUGAGGGACCAAAUAUUCAGUACAAUUGUUCACUGUCUGUUGUGGAGAAUAUUGUGACAGUUUGGCUUCUGUUUUCAAAGGCUGAUAAGAAUUUUUGUUAUGUUAAAUGAUUUCGUUUUAUUGCAUUGCUUUUGUUGUCUUUAUUAAAUGUUUGAACAAUA